CCAGUGAAACCUGCCAAGCUGGACGCCACAGCUUUGCCCACCGACAUCUCGGCCACCACUGUGCCCCUUCCUGAGACUUGUGACCAUGCGGUCUUAGCCUGCAGCCCGGGCAUUCACGAAGAUCACUAUGUAAGUGAAGCUGUGGAAGAUGUGUCCGAUUGCCGGAAAUACCGAGAUGCCUGCACCAUUACUGAUGUGUGCAAUAGUACCGAUCUUCCCGAAGUUGAAAUCAUCAGUCUGCUGGAGGAACAGCUGCCCCAUUACAAGCUAAGAGCAGACACAAUCUAUGGUUAUGUUCACGACGACUGGCUCCACACUCCUCUCAUUUCUCCUGACGCUAAUAUCGACCUAACAACUGAGCAGAUAGAAGAGACGCUGAAGUAUUUCCUUUUAUGUGCUGAGAGAGUGGGCCAGAUGACUAAAACAUACAAUGACAUAGAUGCCGUGACACGUCUUCUUGAGGAGAAAGAGCGGGAUUUAGAGUUAGCUGCUCGGAUUGGCCAGUCGCUGUUGAAGAAGAACAAAACUCUAACGGAGAGGAAUGAGCUGCUUGAGGAACAAGUAGAUCAUAUCCGGGAAGAGGUGUCUCAAUUGCGUCAUGAAUUGUCCAUGAAGGAUGAACUGCUUCAGUUCUACACCAGUGCUGCUGAAGAGAGUGAGCCUGAGUCUGUCUGCUCAACACCGUUGAAGAGAAAUGAAUCUUCAUCCUCCGUCCAGAAUUAUUUUCAUCUGGAUUCUCUUCAAAAGAAACUAAAAGACCUUGAAGAAGAGAAUGUUGUACUUAGAUCAGAGGCCUGUCAACUGAAGACCGAAACAAUCACUUACGAGGAAAAGGAGCAACAACUUGUUAAUGAUUGUGUCAAAGAGCUGAGGGAUGCCAAUGUCCAGAUCGCCAGUAUCUCGGAAGAGUUGGCCAAAAAGACUGAAGACGCGUCCCGGCAGCAAGAAGAGAUCACCCAUCUUCUCUCUCAAAUAGUCGAUCUGCAGAAGAAGGCCAAGGCUUGUGCUGUUGAAAAUGAGGAGCUUGUCCAACACUUGGGGGCCGCUAAAGAUGCCCAGAGACAGCUUACAGCCGAGCUGCGGGAGCUGGAGGACAAGUAUGCAGAGUGCAUGGAAAUGCUUCAUGAGGCGCAGGAAGAGCUGAAAAACCUCCGCAACAAAUCCAUGCCAAAUACCAUCUCCCGACGUUAUCACUCCCUGGGCCUCUUUCCCAUGGACUCCUUGGCUGCUGAGAUAGAAGGAUCGAUGCGGAAGGAGCUACAGAUGGAAGAACCCGAAUCUCCUGACAUAACCCAUCAGAAGCGCGUCUUUGAGGCUGUGAGGAACAUGAAUCAAGUAGUCAAGCAGCGGUCCCUGACCCCAUCACCCAUGAACAUCCCAGGCUCCAACCAGUCCUCAGCCAUGAACUCCAUCAUCUCCAGCUGUGUCAGCACACCAAGGUCUAGCCUCUAUGGGGGUGACAUCACCAACAUCAUGAUUGACAAUAAGACCAACAGUAUCAUCCUGGAAACGGAGUCAUCAGAUAUGGGAAAUGAGGACAAGAAUAAGAAGCCUGGGACUCCAGGGACCCCCGGCUCCCAUGACCUGGAGAUAGCGCUUCGGCGACUGUCACUUCGGCGGGAGAAUUACCUUUCGGAAAGAAAAUUCUUUGAGGAAGAGCAGGAGAGGAAGCUUCGGGAAUUGGCGGAGAAGGGUGAGCUUCAGAGCGGCUCCCUCACCCCGACUGAAAGCAUCAUGUCCCUGGGCACCCACUCGAGAUUCUCGGAGUUCACCGGAUUUUCUGGCAUGUCAUUCAGCAGCCGCUCCUACCUGCCGGAGAAACUCCAGAUUGUGAAACCCUUAGAAGGUUCUGCUACGCUUCACCACUGGCAACAGUUGGCCCAGCCACACCUUGGGGGCAUCCUGGACCCCCGGCCCGGUGUUGUCACCAAGGGCUUCCGGACCCUGGACGUUGACCUGGAUGAAGUGUACUGCCUUAAUGAUUUUGAAGAAGAUGAGACAGGUGACAUUUCUUACAAGGGCCUAGCUACCUCCAUGCCAGUUCAGCACUCAGAGACCUCAGGUGAGAGGUCACAAGUACAAAUGACUCUUUCAGACCGCAAGAAUUACCCGAGCCGGUCUCAGGCAUUCACAGAGGAGAAUCAGGAGCCGACGGCGGCCGAUGAUGAUGAUGAUGAUGAGGGGUCUGCGCAUCAUCCUGGGAAGUGUAUGUCGCAGACCAACUCCACUUUCACCUUUACCACAUGCCGCAUCCUGCACCCCUCUGAUGAGCUCACAAGGGUUACGCCAAGCCUUAACUCAGCACCGACUCCAGCUUGUGGCAAUUCUAGCAACUUGAAGUCCACUCCAGUGGGCACACCAUGCACUCCCCGGCGACUGAGUCUGGCCGAGUCUUUCACCAACCUCCGGGAAUCCACCACCACAAUGAGCACAUCCCUCGGGCUGGUGUGGCUGCUGAAGGAGAGGGGCAUCUCAGCGGCCGUGUACAAUCCCCAGAGCUGGGACCGGGCUGGAAAGGGCACCCUUUUGAACCCAUACUCUCCUAAAAUGACUGUGAUCCCUUCCACCCCUCCAAAUUCACCUAUGCAGACGCCGCUGUCUUCCCCACCGUCCUUUGACUUCAAAUGUACCAGUCCCCCUUAUGACAACUUCUUGGCCUCCAAACCAGCCAGCUCCAUCCUGAAGGAGGUGAGGGAGAAAAAGAACAUCAGAAACAGUGAGAGCCAGACCGAGGUGUCUGUCUCCAACCUCAAUCUGGUGGACAAAGUCAAGCGGUUUGGCAUAGCCAAGGUAGUGAACUCAGGGCGCCCUCAUGGCCCUGCUUUGGCGGAAGACCAGGGACUUCUUGUCUGUGGGCCCCAGGGGCCAACGAGGGCUCUUGGGCCUGAUGGCCUUCCCCUCGGCUGCCCUGUUGUCACGAAUGCCAUUGGAGGCCUUCAGCUGAACACUGGGAUUCGAAGGAACCGCAGCUUCCCCACCAUGGUGGGGUCCAGCAUGCAGAUGAAAGCCCCUGUGACUCUCACUUCUGGCAUCCUGAUGGGCGCCAAGCUUCCAAAACAGACAAGCUUGCGAUGAGAGGAACUUGGUUCCUUUUUUUUUUUUUAAGAAAAAAACAAAAGCAAAAAACAAUAUUUUCCUUUAACCUCCCAGUCCUCUGACCUCCCUCCUCACUCUGUCUCCCCCCCACCCCAACUUCUGUCUCUCUGUCCCUCUGUCUGUCUGUCUCUCUCUCAAUCCCUCCUGAGUAGACAAAUCAACCUUGUGCCUAAUGGGAGAAGAGUGUAAACUUUGUAUAGUAUGUAAAUAUGUAUCAGAGACCUUGUAUCUAAUUUUAUUACUCUUCAGAUAUCAUAAGAAAUGGCCCAACGCUGCAAUUGCUGUAUUAAGGAUUUAACUUACUGACCUUUGACAGGUCUUUUUUUAUUUUUUUCCUUUCCUUUGAAGAUGCACUGAAAACAGAAACCAGUUAUUAUGCUGUGGAUAGAGGGGAAGUCAAUCCUUUGGCUUGUUCACUGUGAUUGUAUGCAUGGUACAGUCAGGAUGGAAGGCUUGUCAGAUGACACCAAUCACAGUGUGUCUUCAUUCUGGGUGAACUAACUUUCAAUCUCCUGGAUGAACAUAUCAUGAGCCUGGUCCUUUAUUAUAUACAAAACGAAGCAGCCAAAUUCAUAUUCAUGUUGGGACAGCCUAAUUUUAUUUUACUUCUGCCAGUGGUCCAGUUUCUUCAGAGUCCAUGGCUUCUCUACCUGGAUGAAAGGUUGUGUCUUUGGAGGGAAAUGUUUGUGAUUUUCCUUAUGCAGAAAACUUGAAAUCCCAUUUCUGUAAUCCACAGGUAGGCCAGAAAGAAUGAGAAUGCAUGGAAUUAAAAAAAACCAACACCACCUUUUUCCUUUAAACACAUUUUGUGAAAUACAAGCAAAUCAUGGUGCUGCCUGAGCGUCAUGUUACCACGUGUUGUCGUGGCACUGAAAUACACACGUCACAAGGUUAUUUUCAUCUUGCAUCAGGGAAAAUGGCAACUGGUUUCUGGGAACCACAGCCUCUAAGCAAAAUAGUCUAAUGAUCUGAGCCAAAGAUCCUUACUUAAAUCAGAGGGCCUAAAGGGGGAAAUGUGGGGGUGUUCUGGAGAAAGUGUAUUAGCAGGGAAGGGAAGACCCACAGCAAAAUUGAGUAACAGCACAAUGCUAUGAAAGAGAGGCUAUAGAAUUUUGGUUGUUAGGUUUUACUUGUAGAAAAUCAGACUAUUUCAAAAAGCAGGGCUGUGGGAUUUUCAUAUGAUCCAUAUCCUUGCCUUUUCCUCAGUAGCCACUUUUGAAAUCCAAACACUUGAGCAGCUCCAAGGUGCGACCACUUAAUGCCCAUGUAUUCUCCCCUUCUCUUCAAUAGAGGGCAUUGUAUCAAUGUGAUUUUCUAGCCUAUGGGCUGUUUUUGUUUUUUUUCCAUUUUCUGUUUACCUUUGUAUCUUGUGCUUGGAAAAAGAUGGAGUCACUUUCAGAAAGAAUGAAAAAUGAACAAAAAGGUAGGUUCUGUUGAGUGUUGCAAGUGUGGAGUGAUUUGGGAGACUAGCGGUCUUAUUUAUAAACAAACACAUACACAUGUACGCGCAUACCAGAGUAAAUAACUAAGGUGAAAGUUAAAAGUAUCUUCAAGAUUCAUUUCAGAAACACGAACCAAAGAUUCUGUUAACGUUAAGUUGAGGAAUCUUAGUAUUACAUGUCCAGACAUAGCAACAAGAGUAUAUUGUGAUAUGCUCAACCUAGGUAAGUAAUUGACUCCCUAUGUGUAUGUCUCUGUACAUAAGUUUAUCUACUUUUUAAACAUCAUCUAGUCCGAUUCCUUUUCAUAAAACCGACUGUAUUUCUAUAAAAUGUUUCCUUCCAAGAAGGUGGUUUAUUUAUUAUGAUCAGUUACCACACUUUAUGUCACAGCAUUGUUGCGUCUUACUUGAAGAAUUAGUACUGAUGAUCUUUUGCAUAAAUAAUACCGUCAUCUUUGCCCCUCUGAUAGAAAGAAUUGUCCGUCCCCACAUCGUGUUAUGGACACUUGGGAUGCUUUGAGAGAAAGCAUACAGGCAAGCACGGCUCAGAUUUUCAAACUCCUAUUUAUUCUCUGAACCUAAGACAUUUUAGUCAAAGUGUGUCCUCAGCUCGAUUUGCUGUUGUAUGUGUGCACUUACUGCAGAUAACUUAACUAUCUUUUUUUUUUUUUAUUUGAAUGUGUCUUAAACCUGUAGCUAGAUAGGAUAACAACAGGAAAACCACAGACUUUUUAAGUACCCAGAGCGAAUAACCCACCAUACAUUACCAUGAGGGAAUUAAAAAUGUAAUAAUAAAUCAUCCACUCGGGAGGCAUAGCAGACAUUAGCCUGCAGAAUAAAUGGUAGACAUUGUACAACCACUCCCAUAAGAUGUGUUGUAAAAUGCAUCAAAUGCUACAAUAAAAUUUUCUUAUCUAAUGAGUAUCAAUAAAAUAAGCUUGAGUGAUCUGG